AUGAGUGGCACAGGACUCGGAUGGCCCGCUUUAGUGCCACCAUACCGCAACCGCCUUGAAGAGUGGUUUAGCACGCCUGAAAAAUUGCAUGCCUCAUUCGACACGAGGGAAGAGCUUGUAUCAUUGCUUAGGGCUUGCGAUAACACGCUUCUUGAAAGUAGCCUGCAGUUGAUUGCGGAUGCACUUCUUGAAUGGCAUGCAGACAAUGCUCGCACAGUUGCGAGUGGGCGCAGGGAAUCAAGGAGGCGCUUGACAGAGUGCUUGCCCAGUGUCCCGGGAACUGGCCUUAGCUUGCAUGAGCAUUACAAUCAGAUUGCACUUCAGAGUCCACUUGCGUUGCUUCCGGUUCUUCGCAAGCGGAAGUUAGCUACUGAUAGGGUCGUGGAUCGCGGUGCCAGGGCCACUGAGGAGAUACGGCUUCGGCAGGAGUAUGCAUUGCGUCUUGCAGCCAUCAUGCAGGAGGCGCAACUGCCGGUGUGCAAGGUGCUUGCAGGGGUCAGCAAUGCCGAGGAAGCCUGGCCACGGCUGUUCGGGACCCGUCGAUCCAAGACAUUGAGAAAUCGCUUUAGAGCUUGGGACAAGUUUCGGGAAUGGUUGCUUUAUAGCCGUGGCAGGAGCUAUCCGGAAGGGGUAGCUGAUGUGCUAGAUUAUGCCAAUGAACGAUUCCAGGAAGGAUGUGGAAAGACAGUUCUCGAAAGCCUGCAAGCCUCUCUCAGUGUAAUUGAAGGUGUAGGGCGCGUGCCGUCUACGCAGCAGAUAUCUCAGGAUCCCACAUGGCAGGCGCAGCUCAAAAGUUACACAGCCGAUUUGGUUUCGGCGGCACCGCCGGAGCAGCCAGCCAGCAUGCUCACUGUUGCUAUCGUUCUUGCAUGUGAGAUCUUCGUUUGCACGCCCGGGGAGCCUAGUUACUUGAGAGCAUUGGGCUUUGUCUGCUUAUUGAUGGUUUGGGGAUCGCUUCGGGCUGAUGAUGUUCAGGGGCUCUUGCCGCAGACCAUGCUUCUGGACGAGCGAGGGCUUAGCAUUGAUCUCGCGCGGUCCAAGACUACAGGGCCCGACAAAAGGACCCACACCGUCAAGGUCUUCGUGGAACGGAGUAUCUCUCUGACAGGGCAUGAUUGGCUGAAGGUCGGAUAUGCACUUUGGAAGGAUUUCGAUUUUGAGAGGGAUUAUCUGGUUUUGAAGGCCAAUGAAGGUUUCACGGAACCCCUGGAGAAGUCGGUGCCUUCCUCCACGGUGGCCCUUUACUUCCGCAAAGUUCUCAGUGAGUUGAAAACGCCCAAGCGUGAGGGGCGCACAUGGAAGGCCAAUGAUCAGCGUCCGCUGCUCCCGGGAUACACUUCCAGUCAUUUUACGGGACAUUCUGCGAGGAACUUCCUUAGCUCGGUCGGAGCGGCCAUCGAUGUCGACCCCAGGGAGCUUGAUUAUCUGGGUCGCUGGAAGGUAGGUGGCGAAGGUUCUGCAACCUACAUUCGCACUUCUAGGCAGGUUGUGCAUCGUCUCCAGAGUCACAUUGCUUGUUCCCUUGUCACCGGACAGCCAAAGCACUACAUCGAGGUGGAUUCCAUCAAGGCUUUGACGGACUAUGCAGCUAAGGCGGGGGAGAGCGAGUCUCAGGUUCGUCGCCGUCACACCCUCCUCGAGGGAUCCAAAGGCUUGGGCGGGUCGUGGCCAACUCUGGCAUUGGAAGUGGGUGUUGCGGCACCACCUUCUCCAGUCGAGCAGGUUUCGAUGCCAGGCAGCCGGGGGGAUUACUUCAUCGUUACCUCUCGCACCACAGGCCUGAGGCGUCUGCACAUGUUGGGCUGCUAUGUCAAGCCUGAGAAUUGUUAUGAUGUGAAAUUUGUCAGUCAUGUCGGCGCGGAGGACGUCGAUAACAUUUGCAAAGAUUGCAAAGCAAGAAUGAAGGCUCAGGCCGGAGAGGAGGAAUCAGACCCCUCCAGCAGUGACAGUGGGAGCGAGUCGAUGUGCCGGCGGAUUCCGCAUCCUGUCACAGGCCUCAGGGCGACGGGUGGACACAUCGCAGUGCAGCUAAAGGCCUCAGGGCGGCUAGCAAUCCAAGUCCUACAGGGCCACAGGCCGGGCGCGGCCUUCGCAUCAGGAGUAGCGGGAGUUACUCGGGCUGCUGGGAAGGCGGACUUUGGUCUUGAUGAUGGGGCUGCUGAUGGGCGACAACAAAUCGCGGGGGUCGUCGCUGCAUGGGAACUUGCACGCGACGUAAUCAGCAAAGAGACGGAAACACGAGCAGAGGCGAAAGUGUUAGGCCAGCCGCGAAUCUUGCAAGUCACAGAGAGGCAAGCAAUGCUCAAGGCGGUAGCGGCCGUUCACGGGCAGCUGGGAGAGUCGGAGACUCCAUCGUCUGAGUACCUCGCUCUCAAGUGCGAGGAGUGCGAAGCCAAUGAGCCUCAGGCUUCAACCUUGGAUGCCAUAACUUCGAAGAAGAACACGCUCACCACGAGCAUCCAGUCCAGCCUUGACGCUUCGGGGCGAAUUCAUAUUACUCAGCACAAAUCCAAGAGCGAGCUCCCGACUACUACAGAAGCUUAUCGCAAGGUCCUUCGCGUGGAAGCUUUCACGUGGCUAUGCAUGGCAUCCCGCUUCAAAUCCAAGCAAUGGCUUCAGGAUCUUAAGCUGUCUGACUUCGACCACUUCGUGAACUACAUCCUUGGCGAAAAGGUCGCUCAGCUCUCAGUGCCUACGUCUCAUCAGCCAGCCGAUGAGACCUACUUCACGACGCCGCUCGCCUUGUCCAUCAUUGAGCGACCACGCAAGUGGCACAAAGGCAAGGGCAAGGGUGAUGUGGGCUCUUACCUUCAGUCAUUGGGCAAUGUCACUAAUCUUCUUCAGUUCGAUCUUCAGCGCUCCACGGAGCAUGACUUGACUAAGGAAGGCUUGUGGCAGCACAUCUUUCAAUUGCUUGGCGAAGGGGAUUGGAUCCUCAUUGUGGAGCAGGCUAAUUAUUUUCUUGAUCAGACCGUGACGGCAUGUCAACUUGCAUGGCAGUAUGUUCUGGAGCACCCGGAGGAUCUCGGCGCAACGCCGGAUCACGAGUUACCGGCUUCCAUCUGGCAGCUACCAGCUCUGCGUGAGCUCCAGGUUUCCACUCAGGCCAUCACUUUUGCUUUCUUUCAAUGCAGCUUUGAGGCUCCCACUUCCAAACCCACACGCCUUCUCACUAAUCUACGGGCCUUUGUCGAGCAGCCUCCGCCUUUUGCUUCAUGGCCACGCUUCGACUCCAGUGAUCGCUACGUGGGGCCGUUGCCGCCACGCUGCCCGCACGGGAAACAUGACAAAGUACUUGCAGGCCGAGAAGGCUCCCGCUGGGCGACCGAGUCAUCAGCAGCCUAUCCUCCUCUGUUGUGUGAGUGGCUUGCGCAUGCUGUGCUUGCUUCCGCUUCGCAGGGGGGACUUGGGUCAGCGCCGCACAGCUCCGUUCCAGGUGAGGCAGGUCCAAUGCAGGAAUCCCACGAGGCAACGCAGGAGGUGCAUCAGGAUUUAUGUGAAGUGCCGCAGGGGCUGCACCAGGUGGUUUCCGAUAGGGUAGAGGCGGUUACUGAUAGGGUAGAGGCGGUUGGCUUGAUCGAGUCGGAAGCACCUCCUUCCACUUUGUUGCCGUCGCCAGACUCUUCGGGGUCCGCGUGCAAAGGCUUCCCGGCUUCCACAGAAGCUUUGGCAUCCUUCGUGCGUAGCAACAUGCCCGGGCACCCCUUUACCACGAUUAGCCUUUACCUUAACACUGGCACCAAGCCCCACAAAGACUCCAGGAACGCACCUUUGCCCAAUGGGAUAAUAGGGGUUACUGACUUCGUAGGAGGAGAGAUCUGGGUCGAGGCCCAGGAUGGGGAGUCUGUUCAGAUUGUUGACGGUAAGCGCUUAAGUGGUCACCUUCUUCCGAUCAGUGAGACACCCACCUACAUACAUGCCUACCGCGAUCUUCACCUCACAAUGCCCUGGAAAGGUAAGAGAUUAGUCAUCAUAGCUUUCAGUGUAUCGGAGCAUACUCAGGCAUGCGAUGAGGAUCUCGCGUUUCUUCGCGGGCAUGGUUUCGUCCUUCCGGGCGAAGAGCACAGUGUUGAUCUUGAGGCGGUCCAGUCAGAUGAUUCGGAGGUGCUGGAGGGGGGUGAGGUCGAAAGGCCGGAGCCCUUCAAGCAUCAGGAGUGCCACAACAUCGGGCUGCCUUUGAACCUCGAGUGGGAUGGCAAAACUCAGCCGAUCACGGAUGGCUUUGGACUCUGCUCACCCACUAGAUGGCCUCCGGAAGCCAGGGGGGGCCUGCUGCCCAAGCAGGCUUUGGAGUUCGCCACUGCCAUGCAUCAAGUGCUUCGAGACUUUGUAGCGGACGUUGUGCCUGAUAUCAAGCGCACGGCGAUGGAGCUUGCGCUAGGCCGCCUUAAGGAAUCGCCUUUCACUCCCGAGAUGUUAGGGGUCCUUAGGAAGGAUUGGUUUAGUUGCAUAGAGGUUGCUUCGGGAGGCAAGUGUACGGAUCUUGAUGUGGUGCCGAGUGGCCAGCCAUUCUUCUUGCAUGCUGUGUCUGCGACGGCUCGGCUGUUGCAGGACCCAGAUUGGAAAGCCGUUUCUUGCCAGGAGGACUCCUAUGUCAGCGGGGUCGCGAUCGGUUAUGACUGCCCCGCGCCUCACUUGCCACAGGUGUACGAGUACAAACACAAGUCCCGCAAGCUCGAUGAAUCGGAUGCCGAGUGGCAUCGCGAGAACUAUUCGUCGGCAAACGAAACAUCGGAUCAGCUUGAGAAGAAGUUUGCAGAGGAAGAGGCUCUUGGGCGCAUGGAGGUAGUUCACCUUGUGCGCAGCGCAAAGCAAAGUCAGGAGGCCACCUUUUGCCUCACCGGCGAUGUGACGGCGGCUCACAGGUUGUUCCUUGUCAGAGAGGCCGACUGGCCUUUGUUGUGCUGUAAGGUGCGCAACGACACGCCGGUCGUUUGGUACAACAAAGUAGGAACGUUCGGUAUAUCAUCAUCCGCCUUCCUUUGGUCCAGAUUGUUUGGAAUCAUCGGCCGCUGCACCGCGCGCUUUCUUUUGACAUUGUGGUUCUAUCACCUCGUCUUCGUAGAUGAUGUUCACGCCAACUUCGCAGGAAGGGAGAAAUUUCAUCAUUUGCUCAUGUGGCUAGCAUGCUUCGAGAUGUUUGGCACACCUUUCGCAUACAAGAAGUUCCGCGGUGGGCUCACUUCGGCUUUUGUGGGUUACGAACUUUCUUAUCCAGACCAGAGGGUCGGAAUUUCCGAAUCGCGGGGCCAGUGGCUCUUGAAAUGGAUCGCUGAGGCUCGGUCCUCGAAGUUUGUUGUUUCGGUUCGCAGGUUUGCUGAGUUCUUAGGGAGGCUGGGCUUCGUCGCUCGGCUUUUGGUUUGGCUUAAGGCACACCUUGCACCGCUUUACAGCUGGAGGGCAGCGGUGAACGACAGUUCAGUCGCUCGGAUGCCCGACACCGUCAUCCUUACCCUUGAAUAUCUUGACCUCACGUUCAGGGACAUGACGUUCAAGGUCGCCGCAGCAAGAUCAGUCAAAAGAGAAGGCGUGGCCUUCCGCACUGAUGCAAAGUGCGCGGACGGGUACGUGGUCCUUGGGGGUUGGGAUUGCGCAGGCACAACUCAGGAGUCCAGAUGGUUCUCACUUCGACUUACUCCCUCAGAGGCCCCUUACCUCUUCGACUCAGAAGGUCACAGUCAGUGGGCUUCGGCAUCGGCUGAAUUGCUGGCCACGCUGGCUGCCCUGCACAUCUUCGGUCACCUUGAAGCCGGGCCAACUAGGCGUUUGAUGAAGGUUGAGGUUCUAGCUCAGACGGAUAAUAAGUCUAACGAGGGCUUGACUCGCAAGGGUUCUACAACGCGCUGGCCCUUGCUCAUGGUUAACAUGCAGCUCACCCAUGUUCUCAUGAAGGCCGGCUUGCGGUUGAACUUGGGAUGGCGUCCACGGGACGAAAAUCAGGAGGCCGAUGAUUUAACCAACGAAAUCUUCGACCGUUUCUCUGAGGAGUUGCGGGUCCCAGUGCAGUACUCCGAAUUGCCGCUUUCCUUUCUUCACACUCUUUACGAAGCCAGGCGUGCACAGCUGAGCAGCCGUGAAGUGGAUUCCAUCCGCGACACGGCCAGGGAAACCCCAGCAGAGGGGAGAGCCGAGCAGCUGCAUCUUGGGGAAGACGGCAAGAUCUACAACUCCCGGGGCGAGGUGGUGGAGCUGGAGAGCAUGGGGAGCAUCGAGAUAGAGUGUUGCGUUUGCAUUGCAGUUGAGCUUGGUGAGCAUGCAUGUGCUGGUGGCUUGGAUGAGCAUGAGUUGCAGCAUGGUGAGUUGCUUGAGCAUGUUGGCCAGGAAAGCUGCGGUAAGCUAGAGCGAGAACAUGUUCUUAGAUCGCAUGUGCCGUACAAUGAUCGGCCCCGGGACUCAGGGAUGAGAGAGGUGCAAAUAGAUAAGUUUUUCUAUAAGGGCCUCGCAUUCCUGGUGUUGGUUUUGGUUGGUGCUUUUGCCCUCGGUGUGGUUCCGUACCGUGAGGUGAGCGGAUCCCGAGGCCCAGCAGCCAAGGAAGCCAUGUUGAAUGACAUGUCGGCAUGGAGUCGUAGCGUUGGCUUGGUUGGUGUUGCUCCCAGUGAGUUGACGGUGAGUGUGAAGUCGGACAUUGAGGGUGUUGUGAAGAACCUUGCACAGAGUUUUGCUGAUGGUUUGACCGCCGGUGCCAUCGAGGUUGUGGAUGCCCCUGUUGGUCGGCAUGCUGUUGUUGCAGAGCGUGCGGUGAGGACCAUCAAGGAAGGUGCAAACACACUUUGUGCUGGGUUGGAACAGGUCGGCUUGGAGCCCUGCGGGAAGGGUGUUACGUAUCUUUUGAUGCACGUUGCCCAGGUCUAUAACCGGUACCAGGUGCAUCCUGGAUCGGCGCUGUCCCCAGAACAGCGUUGCUUGAAGACCACCCGAGGACCGCAUGCCGCUUAUGUUUGGGGUGCCGCUGUGCUUGCCACUCCUCCUCCCUCUUUGCGUGACAAGAUCACCGGCCGUUACGGCCACGCCGCCUACCUUGGACCAGAAGUCGGAAGUGGAAGCCACAUUGUGCAGUUUAGGCUGCGGGAUGGCACCUUGAAGAUUGCGAGAAGUGCAAGAAUCCGGAUGUUGGUUCCUCUUACCUUUGAGGUGUCGAGCUUGAAAGGUGUUUGUCGCAUGUUGCCAGGAAGGAGAGAUGAUGCCCAGAAGAAGCUCCCCGAGAGCACUGGCGAAAAUGUGCACGACCUCCCUUUACCGAACACCGCGACCCGAGGACCACCACCAAAUUGGAUUGAAGAAAACGGAAGAACCCCAAGGUGUCGAGCUUGCCGGCUGCGCGGUUUUCCAGCGGAUAAGGCAUGGCACACCCAGAGAUGCCGUGAUCGAUACGCUGAGUUUGUGCGGAACUCCUUCGAUCCCAGCCGGGCGAUCCUCGGUCAAGCCCCAAUUGAAGAAGAGCCGACUGGGCUUGAUGAUUUGGGUGCUGGAUUUGAUGUUGAUCUUGGGCUUGAUGUGCCGGAUGAUCUUGAUCCUUUCUCGAAUUUUCCAUUGGACGAGGAUUUGGCUGAGUAUGAGCCCAGCCUGCCUGGAGUUGAGAAUGACAUAGAAGUUGGAGAAGAACUCGAGCAGAUCGAGGCCCCGAGCCCGGGCGAGCUUGAUUUCAUGCAAGUGGAGCCGGAACCUCUUGAAGCACUCCCAGAAGAAGAGCGGGAGGCUAUGGUGUCUAGCGUGAUGUAUCGCGAGUCCAUCUCCUUUGCUGGUGCGUCGGUUUGCUUUGCAGGGGCCGCCACCACCAAGGUUGUUACUCCUCAGGUUGUUGAGCUUGGGGGGGAGAAGCUGCUUGUUGAAGUGUCAGCUUCUGCAAAGGAUGAUUUGGCCGUAGUUUUCGCUGCAUGGUUUUCCGAUUGGCUCUUUGCUGCGCUCUUUUCUUGGCAAUUUCCUGCGAGAUUUGCUUUUGCUUUUCUGGAGAAUGCCGCCUGGAAGGCGUAUUCGGGUCCGAGCAAAACGGAGGCGUCGGAGAGAGAGGAGACGAACGAGCAGCUCGAGCAGCUCACACACCAUUCGAAGCUCGUCGAUCGAUUUUCCUCGGCGAUAUUUUCUUAG